UCAAACCAAACGUGAUAUAAAUAAAUGACUUUUGGUGAUAGGUUUUUUCCUCGACAUUAUUUAUCUUGUAACGAGGAAGAAGGUUCAUUUAAAACAAUGGACCUAAAGGGUGUCCAGAAUUUCGCUUCCAGUAAGGUCGAUUUACGAAAGGAUUUAAUAGUGAAGCAGUCGGUGUUAAAAGGAUUACAGUCAGUCUGAUCUUGCAGUAUAAGACUAUCACUAUCCAAUCGACUUUUUUUUUCGGGCUACAGGCUCAGCCCAGUGCAAUAAAUAACGUCAUCUAUACGAGGUUUUUAAUAUGAUAGGUGACGCAAACCCCACGAAUAAAGAAGAAAUGUUUAUAUUAAAUUAACACAAGAAACAAUCCAUAUAUUUCUAAGACUUGUGUUUUAUAUAAGGCAGAACAGCAUGCCACGCCCACGAGGCUUUUAUAGUCAAGAGGAUGGAGCGAGUAGAGCAGAUUGAUUUUGAGGGUGCAAAGGGAUUGUAGUGCAGCUCAGCAGCUAAGGCGCAAUAUGAAGCGUUUUCUUUUCUCUUUAUUUUGGCUUGUCGGGCAUUUACAGCCAGCUCUUUCUGCUGGUUUGAAGGAUACACCAACUCUCGGGUCCAAAAAUACUCCUCGACUUCUAAGCAAAGAUAUAAGCGUUGGGCUUGAAUACCAAAUUAAUCAGAACCACAGUGUGUUGUUCUAUGAGGAGGGCUCAGAUGAACUGUACCUGGGAGGCAAUGAUUUUAUAUUGAAACUCAAUGUGGACGACUUCCACGUCAUAGAGAAAUUUCAUCUGAAUGCAACGGGGCAAGAGGAAUGCCAAGAGGACCCCUGUGAAAAUGUUAUCACUGUCAUUGAGAAGUUUCAGAACAACCUGUUUGUCUGCGGGACGAACGGACAGAAACCAGAGUGCUGGCAACUUCGCCCUUCAGUGAACAAUCAGUCUCUUGAAAUAUUCGAUAGUCGUGACGGGACAGGAAUCUCUCCAUUUAUCUCCACACAGAACUCCCUAUCGCUCACAGUAGAAGGGGAUCUGUAUGCAGCAGCACCUUUGGAUGCUGAUGGAAGUACAUUGCAGUUCAGAAGACAAGCUGGCCACAGGACUAAUGUCUGGAUGUAUGACAGCUGGGUCUCAGAGCCCACAUUCGUCUCUGCGUCAUGGGUGCAGCGGAAGGACGACCCAGACAAUGAGAAAAUUUAUGUCUUUUUCCGUGAGAAGAACUCAGACCACAACCGAGAGGCUGACCCACUGAUAUCUAGGAUUGCCAGAGUUUGUAAGGUGGAUGAAGGUGGAUCAAAACGAUUUUUCCAGAACAUGUGGACAUCUUUUCUCAAGGCCCGUCUUGUGUGUGGAAUUCCAAAGGAGUCGCUGUAUUUUAACCGCCUCCAAGAUGUUUAUGUGAUGCACGCAGACAACUGGCAAGACACCAGGGUCUAUGCCCUCUUCACGAGCAACUGGAAUUCUACAGCAGUCUGCAUCUAUACAAUAAAAAUGAUUGAAAAUAUAUUUGAGAACUCCAAAUUCAAGGGCUACAACGACAACGUUCCCACACCAAGGCCAGGAACGUGUUCCACGAACAGCAAGGCUUUGCCACGUCACACAGUCAAUAUUGUGAAGGAUCACUCAGAAAUGGCCGACUGGGUUGACUCAGAUCCUUUUUAUAUAAGCACCAACAACUACACCAAGAUAGUCGUGGACAGAGUUCAGGCUGCAGACCAAAGAUUUUAUAACAUUCUGCUUCUAGCUACUGAUUCCGGGAAGAUCCAUAAAGUCUUGGAGUCUGGGUCAGAACCUUUUAUCAUAUCUGAAACGCAGCUCUCCAACUCUUCAAUCAUACAGUCAAUGAAGCUUGACUCUAAAAAGAAAACAUUAAUUGUGGGGUCUGCUGAGAGAAUAACUGCAGUGAACCUUCAGAGUUGUCAGGAGUAUAGCAAGUCUUGCGAAGAAUGUGUUCUGGCCCGGGAUCCAUACUGUGCCUGGACUAACGAUGGAUGCACCUCGACUGUCCCCGGGAGCAUUCAGAAUAUCGUGGAUGGGAAAACAAACGUAUGCAGUUUAACAGUUAAAGAGUCAAGAAACCGGACCAAACGUGAGAUACCUCCACUAUCAUCGGUGCAUUUGAGGACAGUUCAUUCAGUCCCCCAGGGUGUGCCUUUCUAUCUGUCCUGUCCUAUAGACUCCUACCACGCUGAGUAUACAUGGGAGCAAAAAGGCCAAAAGAGUCCUUGUUUGCAGAUGCUUACCAACUGUCUGCACCUCAUUCCUUCCAUGUCACAGGAGAAGUAUGGCACGUACAGAUGUAUUUCAGAAGAGAAAGACUACAUCAAAGUGGUGGGAACAUAUGAGCUCAUAGAGAACCAAGACCCAAAAAAGUGCUCAAAAAGCAAUACACCUGACAACUGGAACGCUGCACCAGCUCUUAUUCCAGAGAUGACAUGGAUCACGCUGCUUGUAGCAAUAAUUUCUUUUUGAACUGACUCUCUGUUACUCGCUACUUUUAAUUUGCAGUGUCAAAAUGUCAGGCCCUCUGUACUCAUGCAGCACUAACGGAAAUCCAUGUCAAGCCUUUAGCGGAACCUAACACAGAAACAUUUCUGCUGUGAAAAACGUUUAUUGUUUCAAAGAGGGGCUUGAACAGGAAGGGGAAAGAAAAAAGAAAGCAGUACAACCGGUCAGCAGUGCACAGCUUGAAUGGUCUCCAAUGGUGAUUGAAAACAUCGGAGCAUCUUACAUAAAACACUUUAGCUGAGUACCUUUCUUCCUUUUAACACAAUCAAUGAAAUGGAAGGCACAGAAAGUAAUCAGAGGUAAUUCCUCUUUACAUGAAUGUAUAUCUCAAGUCAACAACACUAUUAUGCUAUGAGUGUAAGUGGGAAAGCUUCCAGUCAAAGGGCCACAGACAAUCUUUAAACAGUAAGUCUGCUUAAUUGUAAGUCUUAUACAAACUGAAGGGAAGAGAGCUCUUUCCACUCUGGUCCAUAUAGAACCAAAAAAUGUAAAUUAUCUGUUUUGACAUUGCACUGCUGACCCGAUAAUUUAGGAAUGUGUCUCCACCUUCUUUUUGCCUCAGUGCUCAGAAAGGUAUCUUAAAAAUGCACAAUGAAAAUAUUUGGCUUUGCAUAUUGGGAAAUGGCUUCUCUCAGUAUUUAAAAGCAGUUAUGUCAAAAAUACUCUAAAACAUGCAAAAAGUUGGCCUAUUUGUAGUGUUAUAAUUUUUAACACAUACUCACUGAAAUUGGGUAUGUGUUUUCCUGACGCGGCGCAGAGUAGGGAUAGUGAAGGUGGAUGAGUUGGCAUUGCUCAUCCACAGCAGGGGUAAUGCAUAAACGAGGAGAAGAAGCAAGUGCAGGUAGUGUGGAGCGGAUGGAAACGAUUGUCGGGGUGAUUUGUGACAGAAGGAUAACAGCGAGAGUGAAAGGGAAAGUUUACAAGAUGGCAGUGAGACCUGUUAUGAUGUACGGUUUGAAGACGGCGGCAGCGACAAAAAAGACAGGAGGCCGAGCUGGAGGUGGUAGGGAUUUUGUUUUGUUGGGAUUAGAAAUGAGUCGAUCAGAUGGACAGCUCGGCUGAGACGGUUUGGGGAAGUGCAGAGGAGGCGUAUUAUUAUACUGGAAAGGAUGUUAAAGAUGGAGUACCUCCAUAAGAAAAAAUAAAUAAAUCUUAUUUUUGUACACAGUAUUAUAGCACUGAUAGCACUUUUUUCUUUUUUUCAUGACCUAUACUAUAAUACAAAUAAAAUAGUGCACAUAAUCCAUCCAGCCAUCUUCAUCCGCUUUAUCCGAGGCCGGGUCGCGGGGGCAGCAGCCUAAGCAAGUGCUGCUGCCCCCAUAAUAUUGUGCACAUAAUAUUUUGUUAAAAUAAAUUAUUGCAAUCACCUUGUAGAGAAAACCUCUAAAGAACACAGAGUUGGCCUCAGUAGCCUGAGAUGGAGUCAGAUUCCUUACCUGAAUUAUUGCUUUAGUCCCUUGAUAAAGAGUGUUAUAGAGCAAUAAUGUAGCUAAUAAACCACUUAAAACUUUAUUUACACCAGAAUGUAGUAAGCUGUGCCUUGUGUUGCUUUAAUUCUAUGAAUUUAACAUAAUGUCUCUUUAUAGCUUGUGUCAUCAUGUUGCCUUACACACAUGUAUUUUGGUACGGUAUUCAAUUAUUUAAUCCUGAAUGUUUAAAAAAAAAUGUUUUUUUUUAAUAUGAAAAGUAUUAUUUAUUUCAUUAUUCACAAAAUAUUUAAAGAGAUAAGAAGAAAACUUGCUAAUGUCUUGUAAUGAUUUCUUCAUCAUAAAAAGAGUGUGACAAUUUGUUCACUAGGAGUCAUCCUAUUAGGUAAGAUAUUAUUAUUUAAUCUUAGCAGGCUGUGUUUUAAUCAGCCAGAGUACUCAGUAAAUAACUUUCAGCAUGACAAGAGGGCAGAUGACAAAGCAAGGAUCUUGAGCUUAAGCUGUCUUUUACCUAGAUCUAGUCUCAGCGUUCUUAAUGACUGCACAGAGUACAUCCUGCUUAUGUAAAGAGAUUUUUUGGGGGGGAAGGGGGGCACUACAGUGUAUGUGCAUAGACAAAAACAAAUGGGAAUUUGGGUGGAGUCCGAUAAGGUUGUAAGAUUUUCUUUCAGAUUAACUAAUUGAAGUCCAGAAACUCCAUGGAAACCUAGUGUUGUUUAUGCUUCUCUCAUCCUGUCUCCAAAUAUGAGAUAACACAGCAUCCAUUAUCCAUUAUAGUGUAACACUUGACUCUGAACUUGGCUCUCACAGUGGUGGUCUCAGUCUUUUGGCCACACUCUGCUGACCAAACCCUGUUGUUGCAGUUUCAUUCUAGGAAAACACGCCCUUUCAGCCACAGACACACUAUGUUGUUGUGGGCUCUGAUUUACAGCCACAUGGUUUUAACUGUUUUGAUCUGCAGUGUCUACACAAAUAUUUAACACUGUAGAAGGAGAUGGUACUUUCCACUGUUUAUGGUUCAUAUGUUGUUCUGUCUGUCUUAGGCUACUAUAAUUAUAAUGAAGCUUACUAAAUCUGUGGCUUAAGACAGAAUUUACAUAAUCCCUGAUCUAACAACUAGGUUUGUCCUUUGGUAAACCAUCUGCAUGCACUCAUGUUUUGUUUAUGUCUGGGUUCUUUUCUGAGUCACUCAUCAAGUUGUAGAAAUGUGUCAAGUGGUGUUAUAGAGGACUUACAGUUAAGCAUCACUGAUAGGCUUUACUUUAGGACUAUGUUAAGAAACACUUACGGUAUCACAGGACUAAGCUGGUGCUGCAUUGGUGUCUGAGGUCACAGAUAUGGUGACUAACAAACAUGUUUUUGGUUUCUGUUCUGUUCUGAUAAGAGUAAAUCUGCAUUCAGGACCCCAAGUUUUCCUGUCCUUCUUCUCACAGGAAGACUUCAGGAAGGAAAUUAUUGGAAAACAAACACAAAUUCCGAUUAAGGAAAUUCUUAGAACUGAAAGCAAAUGUCAUAAAUGUAGCUUUUCACAUGUGCGUCAUGUUGUUUAAAGUUUCUAAGCACGCACGAUACUUUGCCUGACAUGAAUUUACAACGCCUGUCUGUAACUGCAAUCCGUUGCCAGCAGAGGUCGCUGUUAUCCAACAGACCCGACAUCGGUUCAACGCCUACCCUGAACUGAACACAAAUCCAUGGCUAACCUGACCCUACAAGCCAAGGCUUAGAAUAAUACUCGCAUGCCCAUUUCACCCUGAAAAUGAUUAUCUCAGAGUGUAGUGUAUGGCAAUUCCAAGGUCCCCGGGGAGUCGACAUUACUCAGAAUAGCGUGAAUUCCUUGGGUAACAAAUGAAAUGCGACAUGCAUCUGGUGUGAUAGGCCUUGGAGGGUGAUUCAGUGCAAUCCUCCAAGGUAUGCAUGUGCACUAAAAGUAUCAGAAAGGUAUGGUUUGUGAUUUUGUCACUUCUGAGUUGUUUGCACUUGCUGUAGUAGGUGCUGGUGUGUUACAUGAAAAUUAAAACGUUCUCUUUUGGUCUGAGAGUCACGACAGAUGAUUCCGUGAGAACUUGGGUGUGGCGGUUUCCCUUUGAAGUAGAAGACAAAACAACCUAAAAAAAGAGCAGGAAAAAAUAAACAACAAAGUACCAGAUGAGCCAUUGCUUGAUUUUAUUUGUACAGUACUUCCUCAGGAAUCCUAAACCUGUAGCUGCUUGAGCUGUGGGGUACUUGAAUGUUUUGGUAAUUAGCCUACUCGACAUGUGUGUUUAUGUAUAAGAGAAGGCAUAUUCAUGCUGUGAGUGAUUCGAAUUGUUCUUUGUUUUCCUUUUGAAAUUCCAGUCAAGUGCAGAUUAUUAUCCAUUUAUGUUUUAAGUGUUUGUACUUUUCUUGAAUUUAAUUUAAAAUAAAUUACCUUUCAAUUUAUUUUUAUUUAUUUAUUUUUGUUCUCCAGGGUUUGUUUGUAUUUUUGUUUUGUUUUUUAAAUAUAUUGUCCUAGUGAUUUUAAACCCUAGUCCUUCUGUCAUCUUCAUGGGAUUGGUGGUAGCCAGUAUGCUCACUGGGGGUAGUAGUGACACCUGGGAACAUCUGUGUGUCCUCUUGUUUCCUAACUUAAUCCCUAGUAGGACAAGUAGAUGGGUUUAUUUAUUUAUUUAUUUGCAUAUUCUGUAUAAUUUAAAAAGUUGUUUGUAGCUGUGCUUGUACUGGACAUUUUCCACUGCUGUGUUUAAUUAAAUCUUAAAAUAAAUCACUUAAAAUGA